CAGAGAAGAUGUUUCGUGUCAAGAUAAAGACUCUUGCGCUUUUUGCUUUUGUUGUGCUGGGAUGCAGCCUGGCCGGAGCUCGAAAUGUGACCAAAUGUGAACUGAGGCAGCAGCUGAUAGUGGCAUUCAAGUCCCUACCAAACAAUGUAACGGUGAACGGACUGACUGAAGAAGUCUUCUUAGCCAAGGUGGUCUGCCACGCGGAGCGUCUUUCAGGCUUUGACACCAAUGCCGUGACCAAACUGAGCCAUGGGACGGGAAAAGAAAGUCAGGAGAAUCCAAGUGAGAGCAAAUCAUCUGAAUCUAAGGAGGAGGACAAGAAUAAAGGGAAGGGAAAAGGCCAGGAGAACAGCAAGUCCUCCGAAAGCAACGAGGAUGAUGUGAAUGUGACCCUUUACGGCCUUUUCCAACUCCCCGGGAAUUUGGUCUGCAGCAGCACCAACAGCACCUCACUCAACAUCUGUGGUAUCAACUGCAACAAACUAACUGAUGACGACAUCUCUGAUGACAUCACCUGUGUGGUGACGCUCAUCAAUGAGCUUGUAACAAAAGGCUUCAUGGCAAAGAACUCAAAGGAGCUUUGGAACGCUGUCAAGGAACUCAUAGGUGGCGACUGCCAGAAACUGGACCAUUACUUCAGUGAAUGCUGAGAAACUUUGUUUCACCCUAACAUCUCAAUAGAAUGAACGGUCUUUCUUUACCAAAUUAUUGAGCAUUAUAAAUGAAUAAAAAAUAUGAAGCAUG